AUGAGUUUGGCUGGGGGCCGGGCCCCCCGGAAGACCGCUGGGAACCGGCUCUCUGGGCUCCUGGAGGCAGAGGAAGAAGAUGAGUUCUACCAGACGACUUAUGGGGGUUUCACAGAGGAGUCGGGAGAUGAUGAAUAUCAAGGGGACCAGUCAGACACAGAAGACGAGGUGGAUUCUGACUUUGACAUCGAUGAAGGGGAUGAGCCAUCCAGUGAUGGAGAAGCCGAAGAGCCAAGGCGGAAGCGCCGAGUAGUUACCAAAGCCUAUAAGGAGCCUCUCAAGAGUUUGAGGCCUCGAAAGGUCAGCACCCCAGCUGGUAGCUCUCAGAAGGCCCGAGAAGAGAAGGCACUGCUGCCACUGGAACUACAGGAUGAUGGCUCUGACAGUCGCAAGUCCAUGCGUCAAUCUACAGCUGAGCAUACACGACAAACAUUCCUUCGGGUACAGGAGAGACAGGGCCAGUCACGGCGGCGAAAGGGACCUCACUGUGAGCGGCCACUGACCCAGGAAGAGCUACUCAGGGAAGCCAAGAUCACAGAGGAGCUCAACUUACGUUCACUGGAGACAUACGAACGACUUGAAGCUGACAAAAAGAAGCAGGUUCACAAGAAGCGGAAGUGCCCUGGGCCCAUAAUCACCUACCAUUCGGUGACAGUACCGCUUGUCGGGGAGCCGGGCCCCAAGGAAGAGAAUGUCGAUGUGGAAGGACUUGAUCCUGCUCCCACGGCUUCUACGUUGACUCCCCAUGCUGGCACUGGACCCGUCAUCCCCCCUGCUCGCUGCUCACGUACCUUCAUCACUUUUAGUGAUGAUGCGACAUUUGAGGAAUGGUUUCCCCAAGGGCGACCCCCUAAGGUCCCCGUUCGUGAGGUCUGUCCAGUGACCCAUCGUCCAGCUCUAUACCGAGACCCUGUUACAGACAUACCCUAUGCCACUGCUCGAGCCUUCAAGAUCAUCCGUGAGGCCUACAAGAAGUACAUCACUGCCCACGGACUGCCGCCCACUGCCUCUGCCCUGGGCCCUGGCCCCCCACCUCCUGAGCCACUCCCUGGCUCUGGGCCCCGAGCCUUGCGCCAGAAAAUCGUCAUCAAAUGA